UUUCGUCUGCUGCGAUUUCUCCCUGGCGAUACUCUCGACUGCGAACUUGUCCAUGUCCUCAUGGGUUCUGCUCCGAUCUACUAUGCUCUAUCAUAUGCAUGGGGUAGUGCCGAAGCAUAUGAGAACAUUCUAUGGCCUGAAAAUGGACUUGCAGUACGAAUGCCCUGUAAUCCCGUCACUUUAUGCCGCAAUCUUCGUAUCGGAGCGCAUAUCAGAGAACAAGAAGCUUAUAUCUGGGCCGAUGCAAUCUGCAUCAAUCAACAUGAUCUAUCCGAGCGAGGAGCGCAAGUUUUGCUUAUGACACAAAUCUACUCCGAUGCCACGAUGGUUGCCAUUUGGUUAGGGGAACAUGCGGAUGAUAGUAUAUUGGCAGUGGAGAAACUCAUCGAAAUUGCAACUCAUCUUGUUGAGCUAAUCACUUGGCAAGCUAUAUUCAAACUCCUCGACCGGCCAUGGUUCACUCGUGCCUGGAUUGUUCAAGAA